AGAUAGCAACGGUCUUGAGAGACAAUGUAUGUGUUGAUAUUAUAACCAAAAGUUAAAACAUUAUACCGCUAUUUAUCUUGUGUUACUUCCGUUUUAUAUUAAAUAGUUUACCAAACGUUCGUCACGAUGGGUUUGCUGACGAUACUGAAGAAAAUGAAGCACAAGGAGCGAGAGAUGCGACUACUUAUGUUGGGUUUAGACAACGCUGGUAAGACCACUAUUCUGAAGAAGUUCAAUGGCGAGGAUGUGAGUACCAUCUCUCCUACACUGGGGUUCAAUAUCAAAACCUUGGAACAUAAAGGGUUCAAGUUAAACAUCUGGGACGUGGGCGGUCAGAAAUCUCUUCGUUCUUACUGGAGGAACUACUUUGAGAGCACCGAUGGGCUGGUGUGGGUAGUGGACAGCGCAGACAGACUGAGACUGGAGGACUGCAGACAGGAACUUAGCUCUCUGCUGCAGGAGGAGAGGUUAUCAGGAGCUACUCUCCUGGUGUUCGCUAACAAACAGGACCUGCCUGGAUCCCUGAAUAAAGAGACCAUUCGAGAGGCCCUGGGCCUGGAUGACAUUAAGACCCACCACUGGUGUAUCAUCGGCUGCAGUGCUGUGACAGGAGAGAACCUACUGACCGGAGUAGACUGGCUACUGGAUGACAUCGCUGCACGCGUCUUCACUGCAGAUUAACAUCCUGGGUGUGCAUUAAUAAAACGCAUCUGAAGAAGCUUCAGUGUUUCUCAACCUCCGCUCUGUGGGAUGUUGUUUGCUGACAACUUAAUCAGUUCUAUAAUGCUAGUUUUAGGGGAAGUUUCCCGGACACAGAUGCUUUUCAGUCCAGGACUAGGGUUAAUUGGUUUCCAGGAAACCGCCCCUAAAUGUGCAAUUGCACAAAACAUAGCUUUCCUGUCUCUGAUUAGAACAAGGUUGAGAAACACUAGUAGGCCAUUCUGGGUACCAGUGUGUUUGUACCAUCAUGCCACUGCACUGCUUGUCAUGUCAAACAACAAGGAGUGGGAUAACAUCACAAAGCAGGAAAACAGUUUUAGAAAGAUACCGGUAAGCUUGAAAUGGCCGUGGUCUAAUUGACUCAACAACCAAAACUCACGUCAGCGUUUUGAAUGAACUCAAAUCAAUUAAUUUGCGGUUAUUUAUGAAAAUUAGCUGGCUAGCUCAUUGAUGCUGCUUUGUAGUACACCUCACAGAUGCUACUAGACAGUACCAUCAUACUGAGUAAUAACUGUUUACAGUGGUUGGUUGGUUUUCUGCCAACCAGUGCCUCACUUCAAUGUAUCAAUUAUUAAAAUUCACUCA